UCGCGAGAUGUCGGUGCCUAUAUAUAUGUUCCACGCACCACCUCCGGUCUCUCCACCACUUGCUGGGCCGCGGUUUUUAGCAUCCGCUGCCAUCCGCGCCGCCCGCCGCCGCCAUGCCGCCCAAGUUCGAUCCGACCGAGGUGAAAGUCGUGUACCUGCGCUGCACCGGCGGGGAGGUCGGCGCCACUUCCGCCCUGGCCCCCAAGAUCGGACCGCUCGGGUUGUCUCCCAAAAAGGUCGGUGAUGACAUCGCCAAGGCUACGGGGGACUGGAAGGGGCUGAGGAUCACGGUGAAGCUCACCAUCCAGAACAGGCAAGCGCAGAUAGAAGUGGUUCCUUCUGCCUCUGCUCUGAUUAUCAAAGCUCUGAAGGAGCCCCCCCGUGACAGGAAGAAGCAGAAAAACAUAAAGCACAGUGGCAGCGUCAGCUUUGAUGAGAUAGUGAACAUCGCUCGGCAGAUGAGGCACAGAUCUCUGGCUCGAGAGCUGUCUGGGACAAUUAAGGAGAUUCUUGGAACUGCUCAGUCUGUGGGCUGCAGCAUUGAUGGCAGGCACCCACAUGAUAUCAUUGAUGACAUCAAUAGUGGUGCAAUUGAGUGCCCAGCUAGCUAAGUGUGGAAAAGAAGUUGCCAUCUGAAGGUUCUUACAUCUUCUGUAACACCUUAAAUACUUAAUAAAACACCAGGCUGUCUGUAA